AUGCAGCAGAUUUUGGCUGCUCUCCAACAGCCAGUUCCAGCGCCUGAACCCUCGUUCAYMRAUGAUGACCGUGCCCAGCUGGAUGAARCGCRCGAGGCAACGGUUAUACRACUAGAAGAAAUGAUGGCGCUCCAAAUCCGGACAGUCGACCACUUUUUUGGCUAUUGCUUCAAAGCUAUUGCCAAAGAGGGGGAGACAAGGUCUGAAGCUGUUCCCUCCAAUGCUGCUGCUGCCGCCCCUGAAACUGCUAUUCUUGCGACCGACGCUGAAGCGGAAGCUGAAGUUAAUGUCGCUGAUGACCUUCCAACUUUUAGUGAAUCUCCUGUAGUUGAGGAUGUUGAUGUCGUCCAAGUUGACACUGAAGCUCGCGAUGAUGAUGUUCAAGUCACCCCUACAGCUAAUACUGGUGAUCUAGAUGAUGAUGAAGAUGACAGUGAAUCUCCCGACCUUCCUGACACUAGCAACGAUCUGGAUGAUGAUCAUGAUGACGAUGAUGAUGAAGACGAUGAUGACGAGGACUUCACGUUUUAG